AUGCCAAAGAACGCCAAGCUCAUCACCAAGCUCCGGACCCAGGGACUGAACACCUCCGUCUGCAACUGGAUGCUGGACUUCCUUACGGGUCGCCCGCAGGCGGUGAGGUUAAGCCCCCUGCUCUCCUCUCUGUUUCCUGUAGUGCCUGGUAACCUGGGCUGUUUUAAGGACAGUGGCGACCCUCCCACCCUGACAGGGAGCAGUCAGACCUCUAACAAACUCACCGUCCAGAACUGCAUCAGCUUCUGCCGUAAACAGAGAUACAUGCUUGCCGGGAUGGAGUCGGGUUAUGCCUGUUUCUGUGGCAACAACCUGGACCUGCGUCUCCAUGGCAAGGCGCCCAGCAUGGAAUGCAACCACGUGUGUUUCGGUGACCACACCCAGCCUUGUGGGGGAGAUGGAUGGGUCAUCGUCUUUGACACUCGAGUGGGGGCGUGCGGGGGUAACUACUCUGCGCCCUCUGGGGUGGUCUAUUCCCCUGACUUCCCUGAUAAGUACGGGGCCGGGCGGGUUUGCUACUGGACUGUCCAGGUCCCUGGAGCCUCCGUGAUCCUGUUCAACUUCACCUUCUUUGACAUCUCGGACCAGACAGACAUGGUUGAACUACUGGACGGCUACACCAACCAGGUCAGUUGUUCUUACCCUCCUUUUUAUUAUCUCCAAUAG